UCUAUAUUUAUCUAUAUAGAAAAAAGAACUCAUAUCUUUAUUAUAUUCUACACUGUGUCUGACGAAGUAUCUCGUUUUAAUUGUUACUUCGUUGUAUUACGAUGGAUUUAUCAUUGCUUUCAUCGACGUUUGUGUUAUUAUUGAUUACUGUGGCUCUUAUUAUUGUCCAGAAAAUUGCCACUGUGUUGUAUUAUACAUACUUUUACUGGAAGAAUAAGGGCCUACCUUACCUACAAGAUUCGUUAUCGUCUAUUAUAACGGAUUGGAAAUUAUUUCUGGGUCAUACUUUGGUCGAUUAUUGUCAAUAUGUGUACUAUCGCUUUCCAGACGCUAAAUAUGUUGGAACAGUGGAUUCUUCCUCGCCUAGCGUGAUUAUACGUGAUCCCGAAUUGAUUAAAGAUAUCAUGGUGAAGGAUUUUGAAUAUUUCACAGAUCAUCGUAGUUUUAUUGAUGAAAGCGUAGACCCGCUGUUAGGUAAAGCCACUUUCUCUUUACGCGGAGAUCGUUGGAGAGAAAUGAAAAAUAUAUUGAGCCCCACAUUCACUGCCAGCAAAAUGAAGUUUAUGUUUGAUUUGGUAUCAAAGUGCUCUCAGAAUUUCAUCAAUUACUUGGUCGAUCAUCCGAACCUCUGUCACAUGCUCGAUACGAAAGAUGCCUUUCGACGAUACACCAAUGACGUAAUUGCUACGACAGCCUUUGGUAUAAGUGUGGAUUCUCUGAAAGUUCGAGACAAUGAGUUCUAUACAAGAGGAGUGGAGGCUUCCAAAUUUGCUUCUGGAUUUCUACCGAUCGUUAAGAUGAUGUUUUUACAAUCGUGUCCAUGGCUUGGUAAAUCAAUUGGUCUGACUUUGUUCUCAUCGGCUACAUCAAAGUUUUUCAAGAAUGUCGUAGAGGAAACCAUUAGAAUGAGAAAACAGCACAAUAUCGUUAGACCGGAUAUGAUUCAUUUGUUGAUACAGGCUGAAGAUAAGAAAAGUGAUAGUGCACACAAAAUGACGUUAGACGAUAUCGUUUCGCAAGCUUUCAGCUUUUUUUUUGCCGGUUUUGAAACUUCUUCGUCCAUGAUGUGUUUUGUUGCUCAUGAACUGGCGGUUAAUCAAGAUAUUCAAGAUCGUUUGCGUGAGGAGGUGCAGCAGCAUCUUGCCGAAGAAAACGGCGAAAUUUCUUAUGAAUCGCUAUUAAAGAUGUCUUACAUGGAUAUGGUGAUUUCCGAGACUCUUAGAAAGCAUCCACCACUAGUUUUCCUUGAUAGAUACUGCACUAAAAGAUAUGAACUACCUCCAUCGCAGCCAGGCUGCAAGAAUAUAAUCAUUGAACCUGACAAUGUAAUAUUAUUUCCUGUUUAUGGUUUACAUCAUGAUCCAAAGUAUUUUCCGAACCCGGAUAAAUUCGAUCCAGAAAGAUUUAGCGAGAAGAACAAAGACAGUAUUUUACCAUAUACUUAUCUACCAUUCGGUCAUGGACCCAGAAAGUGUAUCGGCAAUCGAUUUGUUCUUAUGGAGGCUAAAAUUUUAUUAACUCAUCUUUUACAAAAGUUUACUUUAAAGACUACAGAAAAAACUGUCGAACCAGUUGUCUACAGUAAAGACAUUACAUUGCAAACUGUUGAUGGAUUUUGGAUUAACUUGGAGAAGAGAGAAACGUGAAAUGCUUGUACGAAAUAUAUUGCACUAUGAUAUAAUUGAAUUGUCGGGAGAACAUUAUUGUAUAUUUUUAACUUUCAAAAUAUUUAACGUUUUCAAAGAUGAUAAAAGUGUAUUGAAAUUUAUUUGUGAUCCAUUAUAUGAUAUUGUAUGAUAAUUCAAGUCAAUCAAUAUUAAUGCAAAUUGGCGAGUUGUUGAGUUUUUGAUCAUACUGAUCGAAUUUUAAUAAUUAAAAAAAGAAUAUUGGCGAUUGGCUUUUUUCUUUAAGGAUCACUUUAAGCAUCAUAAAAAUGUAAGAAAAAGUUUCGCCAUUUGACCAAACAGUUUUUUGUAUCACGUAUAAAAUUAUUUUAAUGGUCUAAUAUAAUUUUUGAAUUUAUAUCUAGUUAAAUUCCAUUCAAUAAAAUUUUCUGUAUAAAAAUGAAAUAUUUGAUUACAUAACUAAUUUAUUUCAAAACAUGUUUCUUUAAUUAUUUUUAUAGGUGCGGCGAACUUCAAGAUAAACUGAAGGUAAAAUUUUCCGUAGUACUAUGCAAUCUCCAAAUGAAACAUAAACAUUCGAUUAGACAAAACUGUUUGAACAAAUAACAGAAAGAUUUUUAAUUUCAAGUAAUUAUUCUCUUUGCUUAUAAGUUACGAAUGAAUAUAGAUUAAUUUUACAAAUUAAAUAAUAAUUAACAUUAACACUAUCUAUACAUUCAAAUCCGGUUUAGAUAAAUUGGCGCUAGUUUGCUGAACGUUCAUUUGUGGCUAAACUUUUCCUUUGAGUUGAUUUCCUAUCCGUUACUAAACAUAUAAUUAUUUCUUAUGUAAUACAUUUACUUUAUUUUACUUAGGUUUAUAACAGCAAUUUAUAUUUAUAUUUUGUUUAUACUUGUAUUUUUGUUUUCGCUGCAAAUAUAUCAUUAAUUAGUAUUUAAUUUAUCCUAGUAGAAAUUUAGUGCAGCUUUCGAUUAUUAAACAGUUAGUCAUUGAACAGUUAUACUGGUUUUUGUCUAUAAUAAUUGAACAACAGAACUCUUUAGGAUUCCAAUCAAGAUGUAUAUAACGCUCGCAAAAAACUAUAAAAUGAUAGACAUUAUCUGUGGGAUUAUUGGCUAUGUAGUUCAAUGUUACUAUGUUAUGGGCAUAGAGGCGCUCUAAAAUGGCCGUUCUCAGGCUUUUCUUCAAUAUUUUAAGGACCAUGUAGCGACGGUAGAAAACCGAGAAAACCUGUUUUCGGUUGAGUUCUUGCUAGAUAUUUACCAAUACCAGCUCAUGGUAACGAAUGCAAUUUAUCCAUUAUUUAUAAGAAAAAAUUAUUAGUUUUAAAAGUUACAAUUUGCAUAUAUUUUAAAGUUAUAUAAUUAUAUUUUAAUGGUACAUAAAUAAAAUUUCAGUAAUAGUCACCUAGCCAAAUGUUAACAGUAUGCUAGUAGUUCACCAGCAAAUUUGAUCAGUAUAUUGCAGAGAGUUGACAUUAACUGCACAUUAAGCUUGUGUUUCUGCUUGCAGAGCUUUGAGACCAUUAUAUGUAGGAAUAACGGCAACAUGUAGAAAUAAUAUUAUUAGUCUAUAAAAUUAUAACGCUAUUGUUAAUAUUUUAUUGAGAGAAAUGAUACGAUGUUUGACAAUUAACAUACGGAAUGCAAAAAUAAAUAAAAGAAUAAUUUAAUACACCUUCUUUGUGCGACUUAAAUAAUAAUUUUUCGUUAUGUAGUAUGAUCUAAUUUAUAUAUUCUUCAUUGAAACAUCUUCUUUUAUAAAUUUGUAAUACAUCUCUUACAAUAAUAAUUUUUCGUUACGUAGUAUGAUCUAAUUUAUAUAUUCUUCAUUGAAACAUCUUCUUUUAUAAAUUUGUAAUACAUCUCUUACAAUAAAAUGGUAAAAAAGGUUUGCAAUAAACGAGCUUAAAGAGAAGUUAAUUUCAAUAAAAAUGCUUGGUUUAUUGUUAAAGUUUAUCCAUUGUCCUCUGAAUAUUUGUUGCAAUAAAUGUGACACAAUACUGCAAACUUUUCGUCGACGGAAUAAAGAUCUUUGUUGUUCACAAAUCUCAUUUUCUGCGCCAUUGGGGUUAGUCAGCAUAAAAACAUUCUUCUCUGCGGAAACAUCCGUAGAUGCUCAACAGAAUACAUUUAUUAUUUUCAAUCAUGUUUUUAGAUAAGAUUUUAUAUUUAUGAAAGAUGUAUUUACAACAAUAUUUCUUUCAAUAUAUUGUGAGUGUGGGUAUAUAUAUGAUAAAAAAUAUAAAUAUUAAAUAUAAAUCUCUAAGCAUCUAUAUUCAGUGUUUAAAGUGGUUAAAUUUAUAUUUUAUUUCUAUAUAAUAAAGAAUUUUCAUAGAAAAGUCAAACCGAUACAGAUACCGAUAUAGUUUUAAGUCUCGAUAUAUUUACAAAUAUAUCCUUUAUUUACUAUCAACCAAUCCCAUUUUUAUUGGCAAAAGAGUUUAAUACAAAUUCGAAGGAAUAAAAUACGCAUGUUUCAUGAUGCAUCAUGCAAUCGAAAGAAUACAUCAACGAGCGAUGCGCUCGUAUUCGGUCUCGCACGUACCAAAUGGGAUACGGUAUUCCGUGAGUUUUACUGCAGAACUGCGAUGAUAUAAAAAAAAAUUAGACUGCAUAAUUCUUUUCGACGAUUCAAGGGAAUACGCGUAUCCGUAACCAAUGCGCCGCGUCCAUAAACUCGAGUCGCCGUAAAAUUCAAACGCUUCUCGUAUGCAAAAAGGAGUGCGUGACGAGUCACCAUAAAUUUCUGGAAUUUCAUUACCGGGUCAUUACCGAAUUUUACGACAUCAAACUCGGUAAAUUCAUCUAAUUUCUCUUGCCCUAGAUCUGUCCAUUUCACGAUCUUUUCGGCAAUGCAAAAUUUUUAAUUACAAGUUGGUUUCUAGAACUAAAGGAAGAAAUAAAACAUGCAUUAAAAGGAUGGUUAAAAAAA